UAGUUGGCCGGCUCUGAUCUCAUUCGCAACAGUGGAGCGCGCGUGUGCGUGUUUGUUCAAUCAGCAAGUGGUUCCUCAGUCCAUCAGUUAAUCAGUCAGCCGAUCCGAUCCGAAACGAUUCGAAUCGAAUUGAUCUGUAGGAGUCGCGUUAUCAAGUUCGGCGACACACAGCGAUCUACUAUUAAAAUUGUUUCAAAGCUCAACAACUCAUCACAUACUCGCAGAUACGAUACGAUGCGUAGCCUGAAGCGCUUCCGUCUGAUCACGUUCGAUGUCACAAACACAUUACUCCAGUUUCGGACGACCAAGGGGAAGCAAUAUGGGGAUAUUGGCGCACUCUUUGGUGUGCGCUGCGACGACAGCAAGCUGGUGAAAAAUUUCAAGGCCAACUGGUACAAAAUGAAUCAGGCUUAUCCCAAUUUUGGACGCGAAAUAAAGCCACAAAUGGAGUGGCAGCAGUGGUGGCGAAUACUGAUAGCGGACACAUUUGAGGACAGCGGUGCGGCGAUACCUGCGGAAAAACUGAACGAUUUCUCCAAUCAUUUGAUCGAACUCUACCAGACAACCAUGUGCUGGGAGCCAUGCAAUGGCAGUGUCGAUUUACUCAAGCAAAUCCGCAAAACGGAGCCACAAAUCAAGCUGGGCGUUAUAGCCAACUUCGAUCCGAGACUGAAUGUGCUGCUUAAGAACACAAAGAUGGAUCAGUAUUUGGAUUUCGCCAUCAAUUCCUAUGAGGUUAAGGCCGAGAAGCCCAGCAAGGUGAUCUUCGAGCGCGCCCUCAUCGAGUCCAAGCUUCCCAAUAUUAAGCCGCAGGAAUGUUUGCACAUCGGCGACGGACCCACAACAGAUUAUUUGGCGGCAAAGCAAGCCGGCUGGAAUGCUCUGCUGGUGCAUGAGAAGAGUGUCCGCUAUUUGGCGGAGAAAUAUGGCGACGAUAUUCAAAGGAAUCACGUCUUUCCCAGUUUUUAUGAUUUUCAGAAAAAACUGAACAGCGACUCAGUCGUUUGGUAGGCGGGCCCAAACAAAUUUCUAGUGAAUGCUCACAAUUUAAAAGUCCCUCAAAUUAGAGCUGAAAGCACUAAUUUGCAAUAGGAAUGUUUUGUCAUUGUUGUUUUAUAUUUUUAUAGCGCAAUUUAAGAAAUUAGUAAUAAUUAGUGACGCUUUGUACAUUAAAAACAAAAGAGAAAACAAACAUGAAAACAAAUAAAAAGCAUUUCAAAAUA